AAGUACAAUAUUUUUCUGAUUUUCUUGGCGUAAAAUCUAAAUUAAUAAACUUUUCAAGAAAAAUUAAGUUUCUGUGGAUCGAUUCCAAGAUGUAUAUUUCAUUACAAUUUUUAUUAAGCCACCGUGUUUGAAAUGGUGACGUUUAAUGCUGUGUGAGGUUAUGUUUGAUUUCGUUCAGUUUCGUAAGCUACCUAAGAUUACUUACGUGUUACUUAUUUUUUCCAAUUUUCAAGUGGCCUGAGAUAUUCGGAAAUUACAUUUACUGUAUUGUGUGAUAGUUGACUUUUUGCGCGUAUAAUUUAUCUAAGCUACACGUGUCUUGUAACCGAAAUUAUGGCGAACUUAGAAGAAAAGAAGCACCUUAUCACCCGCAACUUACAAGAAGUUUUAGGUGAAGACAGAUUAACAGAAAUCUUAAAACAAAGAGACCUUAAAAUUUACUGGGGUACUGCGACCACCGGACGCCCUCAUGUAGCAUAUUUUGUGCCUAUGUCCAAAAUUGCCGACUUUUUAAAAGCUGGAUGUGAAGUAACAAUAUUGUUUGCGGACUUACAUGCCUAUUUAGACAAUAUGAAAGCUCCUUGGGACCUUCUUGCUCUGCGCACCCAGUACUAUGAAGUUGCUAUCAAAGCAAUGCUUACUUCGAUUGGAGUACCAUUAGAUAAGUUAAAAUUUGUUAGAGGGACUGAGUAUCAGCUCAGCAAAGAGUACACUCUAGAUGUGUACAGAAUGUCCUCUGUGAUUACUGAACAUGAUGCAAAGAAAGCAGGUGCUGAAGUUGUGAAACAGGUGGAACACCCUUUGCUCAGUGGUUUACUGUACCCUGGACUUCAGGCUUUGGAUGAGGAAUACCUCAAAGUUGAUGCUCAGUUUGGUGGUGUAGAUCAGAGAAAAAUAUUCACUUUAGCCGAGAAGUAUUUGCCUUCACUUGGUUAUGCUAAAAGAGUACAUCUUAUGAAUCCAAUGGUGCCUGGUCUUACUGGAACAAAAAUGUCUUCUUCUGAAGAAGAUAGCAAGAUUGAUCUAUUGGACAAUCCAGCAAGUGUUAAGAAGAAGCUUAAAAAAGCUUUCUGUGAACCUGGCAAUGUCACGGACAAUGGAAUCCUAUCUUUCAUUAAGCAUGUUCUUUUCCCACUUAUGAAACCUGAAGUUACAUUUCAGAUUUUAAGAGCACUGGAAAAUGGUGGUAAUGUAGAAUACAGCAACUUUGAAGAUCUUGAAGCUGCUUUUGCAAAGCAAGAAAUACAUCCAGGAGAUUUGAAAGCCUCUGUUGAACAAGAAAUAAAUAGGCUUUUGGCACCAAUUCAAAAUACUUUCAAAGACCCUAAAUUACAGGAAUUGACAAAGAAAGCUUACCCACCACCUACAAAGGUUAAAGGCAAUUCUAAUUCUAAUGCAGUAGAUGAGGUUACACCAUCAAAAUUAGACAUCAGAGUUGGAAAAAUUGUGGAAGUCUCCAAGCAUCCUGAUGCUGAUGCUUUGUACGUAGAAAAAAUUGAUUUGGGUGAUGACGAACAUAGAACUAUUGUUUCUGGAUUAGUUAAUUUUGUUCCUAUUGACAAAAUGCAGAAUAGAGAUGUCGUAGUUUUAUGUAAUUUAAAGCCUGCUAAAAUGCGUGGUGUAGAAUCUAAGGGAAUGGUGUUGUGUGCUUCGGUUGAUGAACCUAAACAGGUUGAGCCUUUAUUGCCUCCAGAGGGAAGUAAACCUGGAGAUAGGAUUAUUGUAGAAGGAUAUGAAUCUGGACAACCAGAUGAUAUUCUAAACCCGAAGAAAAAAGUCUGGGAAAAACUUCAAGUUGACCUAAAAACAAAUGAUAGUCUUACAGUUGUGUGGCAAGGAAAUAAAUUGAUAAGCAAAGUUAAUGGCAACCCUGUGACUACUAAGUCGAUGAAAAAUGCUCCAAUUAAAUAAUUUUCCAAAAUUCAAUAAAUAUAAUUAUUAGGUUUUGUUUAUUAAACAAAAGGUAUAUAUACCUUUAAGGUAUAUUUACCUUACAGAUUGAUAAAAACUUUAUUUACUGAUAUAACAUAAAUACC